AUGGGUACUAUAGCGGCUUCGAGGAGAGAAAACCCACAGAUGAUAGUCGCCGGUGGUGCCAUAAGCUUCACAGUGACCGGUGAUGCCCAUCUCUGCCAAAGGGCCAAAUCCACUCCAAAACAAAAAAGAUUUACCUUCGCCGCCUUUUCCGAUGGUCAGUACAAUGGGUUUUCAGCUAGUAUCAAUAUGGAAGCGUUGAUAUGUGACCUGAGGAGAUGCGGUUCCAAAGUGGUGGCAGAACUCAUCACCGCCGCCAACACCGAAGGCCACCCAUUUACCCAUGUGGUGUACACCACCCAUUUCCCAUGGAUUGGACACACUUCUUGGGGCUUAACCGAAAAUUAUUUUGGAUAUCCACUACUAGCAGCAACAAACACCAUCAAGGUGGUGGGCUGCCAUGGGUGGUAG